UGCAGUAUAUGAGAGAGUCUCCUGGGUCUAGCUUCACUGCAGUGUAGAGAAGGGCAGGGCGGCUGUUUUAGUACGAUGUGCUGAAGGAUGGUGCACCAGGAGAAACGCGUUUACCAGGCCCAGAGGAAUGAGAGAGAGUCCAUCAGGCAGAAACUUGCCUUUGGCAGUUUCUAUGACGACGAGCCAGUCAUCUACACCAGCUGCAGCAAGAACGGCCCAUCUUCCCGCUCCCCCACAUGCCCCACAUCAGCGAGGGUUUGAUGAAGAGAAAUCUGAGGCAAGGGGACAUGAGGGACAUGAGUCUGGGACAGCUGCAAGUCAUCACAAAUGACUUACACUCACAGAUUCAGAGUCUAAAUGAGGAGCUGGUGCAGUUGCUGCUGUUGAGGGACGAGCUGCAUGUGGAGCAGGACGCCAUGCUGGUAGACAUAGAGGACCUGACCAGGCAUGCUCACACCCAUCAGCGACACCAGGCAGAGAAAGCGAUAUCUAAAUAAAACACCCCAUCUACACGUGUGUCCGUCUGCACGUCAUCUUUACCUCCCGCUCCAUGGACUGUCACCAGUGUUAACUAAUGAAACUUCAUCUGUGCUGACUGGAGAAAUUAAUACACCAUAUACGGUAAUAGACACAUUCAUAAUGCAUUGCACUGCAGGACGCUGUCGAAGGACUGAGGACCCGACAUCUAAAAGAAUCUGAAUCGUCACUGCUUUCUGUAUGCACACUGUUGAGUUCGUGCAGGCUUUUCAUCACGCCGUAUUUCCUAGAAUUAGGGGAAUCCUCUCAGUUUAAUUCCAUCCCUAGCCCUGAUUUGCCUCUUCAUGAUUUUGCACGGUACACUCAUGUAUGUUAAUGCUGGGUUGGAGAGAGCGCCUGCACGCCUUGUUUCUCCAUUGUCUCAGAAAGGAUGCUGACUUCUAGGGCCCACGCUUGACUGAACUGAAGAUCAAUUUUUCUUUUUGCUUGUCUUUGUAAUAAUCAAGAGGACUGAUCAGUUUAUCUGUAGACACCCCUUGUUCACCUGUUUACCAUAAGAGCACUGUGUCAUCAGAACUCACUAUUGAACAUGUACUAUCUGAGCUGUUGCAAUAUAAAAUGAUCAACACUGUGCUGACUUGCAGCUUAGCUUCACAGUGGUGUUUAAAUGCUGCUGGUUGCUGCCCAGCUUCACAGGGGUUCUUGUUAGGAUAAUUAAGACACAAAAUUGGAUGUAACUCGAAAAGCUGCUACAGUUUCAACCUGCUUUAAAGAUGCAUUUAGAGCUAUACUGGACAACAUUGUCAACUUUAUUCAGACACAUUUUUAUUUGUCAAAUGCCUUCAUCUACUCGAUAGAAGAGACAAAAUGACAAAAUAUGGGUUAAAAUAAAAUCUCUUUCUAUCACAAUAGUGAUAGAAAAUGUGGCGGUAUGUUGAUAUGAACAGCCCCUAAAUAAAAAUAUGCCAAGUCACGUUUGUUAUACUCAAUUUACUCAUGCUAAAAAGGGUAAACAUAAAACAAAUAUAUGAACAAAUCACAGACUAUCUAUUUUAUCUGUUGAAAAAAAAUUAUGGACAUACUGUAUGUAAAUGUUAAAAGAUACUUUAUUAAAAUGAUGAAGAACAUGCCUUGUCGUCUGGCUGUGUUUAAGUGUUGUCACUCACCUUUUUAAGAAUGUCAUUUAACACAAAGUUUCUUUUUCUAUUGUAUGCUUCAUUGAUAAAUGUACUGUAUAAUGAU